AUGUCACCAUCUCUGGGAUAUGCACAUCUUUCCUUCCUCAUGUGCGGCAGUAUCGCUGCCGCAGGCGCACCGCACCUUUCCCCUGACCAGGCAACACCAAUGCUCGUCGGCGGCCUCACGGCUCAGGGUCUCGGCUUCCUCAUCUCCCUCUUCAUGAACGCGAACUACCAUCGGCGUAUGAUACAGUGGGGCUUCCCGAGCCCCAAGACGAGACCAUCUAUGUUUAUCGCCGUCGGCCCACCGGCAUUUACGGCCCUCAGUGUGCUAGGCAUGGCCGACGCCUUUCCAGAAUCGUAUAUCAACUACUUCGGUACCGGGCCUUUCAACUCGGUAGAAGGCCAACGCAAUCACGAACCAGGUCAUGCAGGCCCUGGCGUAUGCACGGCCGUCUUUGUGUGGUCCUGUCGUCUGGUUCAUGUGCAUCGCAGUGUGGGCAUGUGCUCUCUUGGCAUGAAUCGACGUUCGGACUGGGUUGGUUCUCGUUCGUUUUCCCGAUCACCGGGUUUGUCAUUGCGACGUUGA